AUGUCAAGCAAUUUGCCGUCAUUAGAAAAACUAGAUUUUGAAGGCGACAGCGCGUCUUUAGGGCAACGAUGGGACAAAUGGAAAAGAUCUCUUUAUAUCUACUUGGAAGCAACAGAAGUGACGACACCUUUAAAAAAAAGAGCUACACUCUUGUUGCUUGGUGGUUCGGGUUUACAAGAUAUAUUUUAUAACUUGCCGGGUGCUAAUGUGGAUCCUAACGAAAACAAUGAUGUAUUUAAGAUAGCAAUACAAAAAUUAGAUGAUUAUUUCACUCCAAAACAGAGUAAAGUUUAUGAAAGACAUCUAUUCCGCUUACUUAAACAAGAUGAAGGAGAGAAAUUUGAGAAAUUCUUAGUCAGAUUAAGACAUCAAGCAGAAAAAUGUCGAUUCGAUAAGCCAGAACAUCAUUUAAUUGAUCAGAUAGCAGAAAAGUGCCUGUCUGUUGACCUGAGAAAAAAAAUAUUGACAAUCGGUGAUAGCAUCACCUUAGAGAAAAUAAUUACAGAAGCUAAUACACUAGAGGUAGUUACCCGACAAUUGGAAGAAUAUGGCCAAGAUGCAAAAAAUCAAGAAGUAAAUGCGCUUUUUAGAAACGAAGAUUCCUUAUCGAGGUUAUGCAAAACCUCCGAUUGUUAUAAGACCAAAGGUCAUGAUCACGUCCACCAUAUUGUUGAGAACGCAAGACCUAUGGCGGUUUCCAUGGCAGAUUUAGAAAAUCAAUCCAGUGAAGACCCUGAAAUUUUAAAUGUGAAAACAGGAAUAAACAGUAACGCCUGGGAUGACAGCGCUAAGCCUUAUAAAAUUUUUGAAACAGAAUUGUGCUUUUUCGGAAACAUACUGUUACGUGGGAAUAGGCUGGUCAUACCUUCAAAUCUCCGUAAGAGAGUUUUAGAUGCCGCACAUGAAGGACAUCCGGGAAUUGUUGCCAUGAAAGGACGCCUCAGAAGCAAAGUAUGGUGGCCGAGAAUAGAUAAGGAUGCCGAAAACUUAGUAAAGAGCUGCAAAGGAUGUACUUUAGUUGGAUUACCAAAUCCACCCGUCCCUAUGAAGCGACGCAGCUUGCCGGAAGCACCUUGGGUAGAUGUAGCAAUUGAUUUAUUGGGCCCACUACCCAGUAAUGAGUACAUUUUGGUGAUAGUUGAUUAUUACAGCCGCUAUAAAGAAGUUAAAAUUACAAAAAAUAUCACCAGCACACAAAUAAUUAAACUGCUAAAGGAAAUAUUUAGUCGGUUAGGUUAUCCCUCAUCUAUAACUGCAGACAACGGACGACAGUUCGUGAGUGAGGAGUUUAAGGGAUUUUGUGACGAGUGUAAUAUUAAAUUAUUCCACACUAUCCCCUACUGGCCUCAGCAAAAUGGCGAAGUAGAGAGGCAAAAUCGCGACAUUUUAAAGCGCCUAAAAAUUGGAAAAAUUGAGAAGAAAAAUUUGCAGGAAACCCUGUGGGAAUAUCUCAUGAUGUACAAUUCCACACCGCAUUCUGUGACUGGGAAAACACCAUCGGAUCUAUUCUUCAAGAGACAGAAUAGAGAUAAAAUCCCCGCUAUUCAGGACAUUAACAAAGAAGAUGAUUCCGAAGUUAGAGAUAGAGAUAUGGAGAAAAAAGGAAAAGGAAAAGAAUAUGCCGAUAAGAGAAGAGGAGCAAACAAUUUAGACUUAAACGAAGGGGAAAAAGUGUAUAUAAAAGAAAUGGAUAAAGGUAAUAAGCUUACCACAAAUUAUAACCCGACACCUCAUAUAGUUGAAAGAGCUAAAGAUGGAGAUGUGACAGUCAGGAACGAGGAAACAGGGCAGAUGUUAAGGAGGAAUGUCGUUCAUCUAAAGAGAGUAGAAGGACAGUGGAAGGCCAUUAAAGGAACAGAAGAGACCGAGCAAAAUUUAGAAUAUGAUUAA